CCGCAACCAUUCUGUAAUCCCAGGUCCAAUUGUCACUCCACAACCUCCCAACUCACAUAGGACUCGCUCUGGUUGGCCCUGCUGAUGUCGAUGCCGUAAAUAAGCCACCAAGCAGCCCAAGCAAAGCGCAGUCAACAUGGCAUCCCCUUCAAUGCUCACCAAAUUUGAGAGCAAGAGCAGUCGCGCAAAGGGACUUGCGUUCCAUCCCAAGAGACCAUGGAUCCUCGUCAGUCUACAUAGUAGUACUAUCCAGCUGUGGGACUAUCGCAUGGGAACCCUGAUCGACCGAUUUGAAGAGCACGAUGGCCCGGUUCGAGGAAUCGACUUUCACAAGACACAACCUUUGUUCGUCUCUGGCGGCGAUGACUACAAAAUCAAAGUUUGGAACUACCAGACAAGAAGAUGUCUUUUCACCCUCAAUGGCCAUCUUGACUAUGUCCGCACAGUCUUCUUCCACCCAGAACUCCCCUGGAUUCUAUCUGCAUCUGAUGAUCAAACCAUCCGUAUUUGGAACUGGCAGAAUCGAUCCUUGAUCUGUACAAUGACCGGCCACAACCAUUAUGCCAUGUGCGCACAAUUUCACCCCAAAGAAGACCUCAUUGUGUCAGCCUCGUUGGAUCAGUCAGUCCGUGUCUGGGACAUCUCAGGCCUCCGCAAGAAACACUCCGCACCCACAUCCAUGAGCUUUGAAGAUCAGAUGGCUCGUGCAAAUCAACAGCAGGCUGACAUGUUUGGCAACACCGAUGCUGUGGUCAAAUUCGUCCUCGAAGGACACGACAGAGGUGUCAAUUGGGUCGCUUUCCACCCCACUCUUCCGUUGAUUGUGUCCGCGGGAGACGACCGUUUGGUCAAAUUAUGGCGAAUGAGUGAAACCAAGGCUUGGGAAGUCGAUACCUGUCGUGGUCAUUUCCAGAACGCCUCAGCCUGCCUAUUCCAUCCCCAUCAGGACCUCAUUCUAUCCGUGGGCGAAGAUAAAACAGUAAGAGUAUGGGAUCUCAACAAGAGAACAUCGGUGCAAUCUUUCAAGAGGGAAAAUGAUCGUUUCUGGGUCAUUGCUGCCCACCCCGAGAUCAAUUUGUUUGCUGCAGGCCACGACAACGGUGUCAUGGUCUUCAAAUUGGAAAGAGAAAGGCCCGCAUCUUCUGUCUACCAGAAUCAGAUCUUCUACAUCACCAAGGAUAAACAUGUCCGAUCCUACGACUUUAGCAAGAAUACGGAGUCUGCUUCUUUACUGUCACUUAGAAAGUUUGGCAGUCUAUGGGUUCCUCCGAGGACUCUAUCCUACAACCCAGCUGAAAGAUCAAUUCUUGUCACCUCCCCUGCCGAUAGUGGUUCAUACGAGCUUAUUGGUCUACCCAAAGACGCAGUGGGUGCCACAGAUCCGACCGACCUGAAGAGAGGCGCUGGGAAUGCUGCAGUCUUUGUGGCUCGCAAUCGAUUCGCCGUCUUUUCCGUCUCCACCCAGCUAGUUGAGAUCAAGGAUCUUAGCAACUCGACUACAAAGUCUUUCAAAGCCCCUAGCGGCACGACGGAUAUUACCUACGGCGGGACAGGAGCUCUGCUUCUGAUCACCCCAACAUCGGUUUUCCUUUACGACAUUCAGCAGAAAAAGCAACUUGCUGAAUUGAGCGUUAAUGGCGUCAAAUAUGUCUCUUGGUCCAAUGACGGUCUGUAUGCAGCCCUGCUGAGCAAACAUAAUGUCACCAUUGUCAACAAAUCUCUCGAACAAGUCAGCACUCUACAUGAAACCAUCAGAAUUAAGAGCGCCACCUGGGACGACUCAGGAGUCCUUCUCUACUCAACUCUAAACCACAUCAAGUACACUUUACUCAACGGUGACAAUGGCAUUGUCCGAACUCUCGAUCAAACAGUCUACCUUGUCAAAGUGAAGGGACGCAACGUGUAUGCUCUCGACCGAGCUGCAAAGCCUAAGGUUCUCAGCAUCGACCCCACGGAGUAUCGCUUCAAGUUGGCCCUUGUCAAGCGAAACUAUGAUGAAAUGCUUCAGAUCAUCAAGACUUCAAGUCUUGUUGGUCAAAGCAUCAUUUCUUACCUACAAAAGAAAGGAUACCCCGAGAUCGCACUGCAAUUCGUCCAAGACCCUCAAACCCGUUUCGAACUUGCCAUUGAGUGCGGGAAUCUCGAAGUCGCAACUGAAAUGGCAAAGGAGCUGGACAGGCCUAAGAUUUGGCAGAGACUCGGCGCUGAGGCAUUGAUUCACGGCAAUCACCAAACAGUCGAGACUGCCUAUCAGAAGCUCCGUCAGUUUGACAAGCUGUCUUUCCUUUAUCUCUGCACAGGGGACGAAGAAAAACUCACCCGUAUGUCAAAGAUUGCUGAGCAUCGAGGUGACUUUGUCUCUCGUUUCCAGAAUGCACUCUACUUGGGCGACGUGGAGAGCAGGAUCCAGAUGUUCAAAGAAAUCGACCUAUAUCCUUUAGCAUACCUCACCGCGAAAUCCCACGGACUUACAGAAGAAGUCGAGUCCAUUUUGGAAUUGAGCGGACUGACAGAGGAUCAAAUAUCACUUCCCACUACAGGAGACGCUCUUGGCCCUGUCAAGCCGAUCGUUCCUUCGUACAAGGCGAACUGGCCGGUGAAAGAAGCGUCUCACUCGUCCUUUGAGAAAGCGCUUCUUGGAGAGGCUGGCGCGGUUGAAGAAGAAGAGACCCCAGACCUCCUCAAUGACGAUGCGGCCAUCGCAACGGAUCGAAACGGACUUGUUGCGGAUGAUGAUGCAGACGCAGGGGAUGGCUGGGACAUGGGUGAUGACCUCGGUCUUGAGGCAACAGGCAAUGACUCGGAUUUUGUCAACGUUGACAAUGCCGACCUCCCUCAGGAUGCCAGCGGACCGGGUAGCUCCGAAGCCGACUUGUGGGCACGCAACUCUCCACUGGCCGCGGAUCAUGUUGCCGCAGGAUCAUUUGAAAGUGCCAUGCAACUGCUCAAUCGCCAAAUUGGCGCCGUCAAUUUCGCCCCUCUCAAGCCUAGGUUUUUGGAGAUCUAUCAGGCUUCCAAAACCUAUCUCCCCGCCAGCUCCGGUCUACCAGCCAUUGUCAACUAUGUACGGCGUACUGUUGACGAGACUGACGGACGCAAGGUGCUGCCGGUGAUUCCACGCAGUCUCGAUUCGCUUACUGGGGCCGAUCUCCAAGAGGGUUACACAGCCAUGCGUACGAAUAAGCUAGAAGGAGGUGUUGUUACUUUCCGACAGAUUCUACACUCUCUUCUCGUCAAUGUUGUCAGCUCAGAAGCUCAAGUGGACGAGGCUAAGGCUUUGAUUGCCAAAUCGACCGAGUACACCCUGGCCAUGUGCGUUGAACUUGAGAGACGCCAGCUUGCUGCGCUCAACGAGGAUAGCGAGGAGAGUCUGAAGCGACAGCUUGAGCUCUCGGCAUACUUUACACUUCCCAAACUGGAUGUUUCUCAUCGCCAGCUGGCACUAAUCUCGGCCAUGAAACUGGCGUUCUCCAGCAAGCAAUUCUCGAGUGCCCUGUCGUUUGCUAACCGCAUUAUUGCCAAUGGAGGCACUCCGAAGUUUGUUGAACAGGCAAAGAAAGUCAAGCAACAGUCAGAACGAUCUGGAUCAACUGACAAGAUCGAUAUUGAAUACGACCAAUUUGCCGAAUUCGACUUGUGCGCAGCUUCUUAUACACCUAUCUACACAGGAGCUCAAAGCGUGUCUUGUCCAUUCGAUGGAUCGAAGUACCAAACUGAAUUCAAAGGGCAAGUUUGCCGAAUUUGUGAAGUUUGCGAGAUCGGUGCAGCAGCUAGUGGAUUGAGACUUUGGGUGAAGGGUUUGUGAAAUACUAGACGAACAAUGAACGGAUGAUGAGCCCCAAGGACCACCCAGACUCGGCAUUGCUGUGUGUUGGCGCCAUGAUGUUUGUAAGCGAGAAAACGGUGGACCGUUGGCAAGGUGUGUCUCAUACAUAAGAUCUGAUGCGAAUGAGGCCUGGUGACUGGUCAUGGUGGCAGUUCUUUGUAAGGUGCAGUACAAGGCAUGAAUUUCCAUCCCAUCAGAGCUUCCAGACCUACAAUUGUGGAGAUACAAUGGCACUGAUGAAGGCAUGGUGAGCCUCAGAGCAGCAGCUGGAGUGCUAGGGACACUCUAUAUCACUUGUCAUGCCCAGGUGCUUGAUACAGACAUCUGAAUGAAGAAUGAAGAAUGUUAUUGAUUGGGAG